AAAUACUGAACCGAGGAAGAAGACAGCAAUGGCGGUCUCCAUUAAACCGGAGUGCUCACACUAAUAGUUGGCGAAAUCAUGAAAAUAUGUGUCCUUGGGACUGUAAAAUCUUUCUUACGUAACUUGGUCAAGUAUGACUGAAUGUCUCGUAAAUUUUAUAAACCUAGCAAUGUCAAUUUUAUCGACGCAAAGUAAACUUGACGACAGCUAGAGGACUCAUUGCCACCCUUAGACAAAUGAUAAGAAUGACACUGGGGAAGGCUGCAGUGCGGGUGGUGAACUUGGGUCGUAUUUCCUAUGGACAGGCACUGCAGGUACAACAAAAACAUGUCCGUCAGCAUCUGGACAAAUCCUCAGAGGUUCCAAACACCUUACUUCUGUGCGAGCAUCAUCCUGUAUACACUAUUGGAAUCAGACAAGCACCAUAUUCAGCUGAGGAGGAAGAAAAACUGAAAAGCCUUGGUGCAGAAUUCUUCCGCACAAACCGAGGAGGCCUCAUUACUUUCCAUGGACCUGGUCAGUUAGUUUGUUACCCGGUCCUCAACCUAGGGUGUUUUAAGAAGAGUGUGAGGUGGUACGUGUGCGAACUGGAAAAGACUGUGAUCGGACUCUGCAGUAAAUUUGGGAUCAAAGCUGCCACAUCUCCAGACACAGGGGUCUGGGUUGGCGACAACAAAAUCUGUGCAAUAGGGAUUCACUGUGGCAGGUACAUAACAUCCCAUGGCAUUGCUUUGAACUGCAACACUGAGAUGGGCUGGUUCGACAACAUAGUGCCGUGUGGGAUUGUCGGGAAAGGGGUCACCUCCCUCAGCCUAGAGCUGGGCAGAGAGGUCACCACUGCAGAAGCCGCCCCAUACCUCCUGGAGAGCUUCAGCGAAAGGUUCAACUGCCAAGUGAUUCCUGAGAGAGAUCCUGUGUAGACGUGUAUGUUUAUGGGACAUGAUACAGAGAUAGAAUCAUGACGUGGGCCGUCGUGACUCUAUGGUUUUGCAGCGGUGGUACUCGUCCAGUCUUUAACUAACCCCCAAGUCUCUUUAAGCAGAAACUUGCAGUUUGUCACUUUAAUAGAAGUUGCCUUUGAAGUGCACCAUUGAAGGUCAUAUCUUCAUUAAACACUUUUAACCAUUGUGGGAUUUUAAAGGUUAAAACAGCCAACCAUCCUCUGCACAGGUUUCUUUAAAAACAGCACAACACUUUAACUGCUCUCCUGGGCUGCUCCCUGUAGGCGUAGUUCUUGAUCCAGUGUUGGAACAUGGAGCUUAAUACGUCUUUAAGCAUUUUACAGUGAUAUCAUACCAGGUUUUUUUUUCUCUCCGCAAAUAUGCCAUAUUACAUGGGAUGUAAAAAUCUAAUGUUUUUCCACUCGUCAUCUUAACACGGGAGGUCUAGUGAUUAAGUGAAUUUAAAUGGAUGGAUAUAAACUAUAGCCUAGUAGUGGCAGGGCCACAUACUUGCUGUUAACGUACUCAUUCGAUUCCGUUUGUCUUUAAUGAGGACCUCAUUAGAUGUCAUUUGAUUUAUCUCGCAUAAUCUGAAAGCAUCCUCCCAGAAAAGGGUUGUUUUUCCUGUCUAACUACAGAACAAUACAUGAAAUACCAUGGAUUUGUUUAUGUAAAACAGUACACAGUUUAUUGUGAAUACCACAAAUGUAUUUUUUCCCCCAGAUGAAUGCUGAACAAUGAACAAAGAAAAUGUUAACACCUGUAGUUUUAUCUGUGAAAUUAUUUGGACAUAUGCAAAAGCCAUGAUGAGUCAUGAUGAAUUUGAUUGUCAAGAUGUGCCAGUUUAAUAUGUUUGCCUAGUGCAUUAGGGUUGGCUAAGAAGCCUGCCUCUGCCUCAGUUAAAGAUAGAUUGUCAUAGUUGGCCUUCUCAUGCUAAUUCCCUGGACGGGAAGUGUGUUGCAUUAGUUAACAUUGUCAAGCCAUCAUUUCCAGUGUUCAACUGUAGUUACGGUUAAUCAAUGAAUGUAUCAAGUAAUGCUGAUUUAUGAAACCUUCAUUUGAGGCCUUACCUCUCUUUAAUUUAACACGCAGUGAAAAUAGGCAUACGGCCAAAACUGUAGAUGCUGGAUUGACGUUUUUGUGAGGAGCCCAUUCUGCUUUCACAGUCUGUUUACGAAGGCGCCCUAAAUAAGCAGCAUUAUGAAACAUCAGGCUGUCUUUGUGGAACUGACACCUGUGAUGUGUGCUCACGCAAAGCUACAUGCUCCGGACCCAAAACCUGCCUCUCUUCAUUAUUUCUUAUUAUUUGCUAUGAAAUGGGUUCAUUGAGGUCAUAGCUUUACUACCUUCUCAAAAUUCACCACCUCGCUCCUUCUCUCCGCCUGUCUCACCUUGAGACGGAGGAGAUGGAGUUUUUAAAUAACUCCCGCCGCUCUCGCUAAAGACGCCUGUUAUGUAAACAUGAUUAAUUCGCUGCGAGGCUCCUCUAAGUGCCAGGUCUCUGAGACCGUGGCUGUGAUUUAUUGGCCAGAUUUUUAUCAUUCGCCCGCCUUGGCGCGAAGUAAACAGUCAGUUGUGCUCAGCGGGGUUUUAGAUGAAAUCCGCUCCGUCCUCUCUGGCUCUCGGAAAUGGACGUGACUGCAACAUCACAAUAAACGGGCUUUCUCGCAGUGAGCCAAUGUAAUACAUCAAGGUAAAGGAUCCGAGUCGACCUCUGCAAUAGUUUCCCUGGGAUGUCUAAUCUGAGAGUGGAAAUAACCACAGGCUGUGAAACUGGAGUGGUCUGAGCGAAACGAGUCCUGGCCGUUGUGUGAGUAUGUGUAUGUGUGAUAUCUGAGAGCUCAAAAGAGCAGCGAUAUAUAGUGUGCCUGUGUGCCACUGUCUCUCACUCUCUCUCUUCACACGGUUGCCUCAGUGGGAUGAUAGAGUGAGAGAUUAUAUUUAUCCCUGCCCAGUCAAGUGUGAUCUCGCUGACACCCCUUCAACUCAAAGGGGGGAGGAGGACCUUUUGAUGGUACACCUUAAGGCCUGGAGAAGAAAAAAAUAAUUUAAAUAAUUUGUUACCACUAGGUGGCAGUGUUAACAAAGUUAAAUGAGCUCCCAUUGAUGAGAGCAAGGAGACGAUCUUGUUGCGUUUGAUUUAUAUUUUGGUGCAGUUUGGCGGUUUUCAGUCGUUAUCCUAGUUUACACAGGGUAUUGUUCUGAUGAAACCUGUCUGUGGUUAGGUGAAAGCCAGCCAGUAGACCAGAUGUGAUAUCUGCUGGUGUCCUCUGUUCAGUGACCCCUGAGCGUUUAUUACAAACACCACAGCGUGAUAUUCCUCUGCACAGCUUGACGUGUUUAAUUACAAUGAUACACUGACGAGUGCAAUCAUGUUUCCAUCCCAAAUGUAACAUCCAUUGUUUCCUGUACCACUUUCCCAAUAGACAAAUGUCACUUCCUCUCUUUCAAAGAUGCCUCCGGAGGCAAAUAAAAUGGGUGACUGAU